AUGGCAGCCGCUAAUGAAGAUACUCCGCGCUCAGCUAGUAGGGCAUGCGAUCGAUGCCGGCGGCGAAAAGCCAAGUGCGACAGUCCUGAUCCAUCAUCAGUCUGUGUCAACUGUCGCCUGGCGGGCGAGCAAUGCACAUUCGAUUUGCCACUCUCUAGACGAGGUCCGAAGGCAAAAAGACGCCAUCUGGCCACAGAAGGUCAAGGGAACUCUUUGGGCAGUCCCAUCACACCAUCCCUGCAUGUAACGAGACAUAACUCUUCUUCACAGGGUUUAUUUCAAGCCCCCACAAGCUCGGAGAACCUCGAUCUGUGGGACUCUGGAAUUACAUCUGCCAUCAGCCUAGAUCCUGCGCUGUCGCCGGCGACGGUACAUACUGUUCCUACCCCUUUGUCCCAUGCUGCGUCGACCGGAGGCGCUAUCUCCGCUUUACAGCGAUGGGAAAAACUUGCCCGGCAACUGUACCUACGCAGGCCAACUGCUGUGUUGGAGAACCUGAUCAACCAUUGCUUCAAACUUUUCUUCGACUAUCUCUUUCCCCUCAUCCCGCUCGUUCAUGAAUCGAGUCUCCGAGAGGGCCUGGAGUUUUUCGUCGCUCGAGAUGAUACACGAACGUUACGAGGGAACACUUCGAGCAUGAGAUAUGGGUAUGAAUCAUUGAAAUACCCUGAGCUAUGGCCUGAUGUGACUUUCACUCUCAUCACGGCCGUUUGCGCCGAGACAGCCUUCCUUCUCCCCAAGGACAUUUUCCCGGAGGGAGAGAUGAUCGCAGAUAUUUUUCUCCAGGCCUCUCGCAGCUGCUUAGUGACCUACCUCGAGGCCGAUCUCGAAUAUCCAAAUGCAAACUCUGUGGCUAUUCGAUAUCUUCACUCUAACUGCAUGCAUGCGGCUGGAAAGCCAAGGUUUUCAUGGCAUAUAUUUGGCGAAGCGACUCGAUUAGCCCAAGUACUGCAGAUGCAUGAUGAAGAGUCGAUCCAGGGCCUACAUCCUCUCGAAGCCGAAUUCCGCCGACGAGCGUUCUGGAUUACCUACAUCGGAGACAAGUCUGCAGCCAUAUUAAACAGUCGCCCGAUCACCAUCCAUAAAUUUUCUUUCGAGUCUGGCAUUACCAUGGGCUACCCUACCGGCAUUGAGGACGAGGCCAUCGUGACACCGGGAAGCACGAAUGCAGAUGACUUAACUGUCCGCAAAAGCUUUCUCAUCGGCUUUAAUGCAAAUCUCCGACUUUGGCAGACCGCAUCAGAUUUGCUCCUGGAAAUGCGAUUGCUUGACAGUCGCAAAAACGUCUCGAUGAGCCCUCAUCAUUCACUCACUGCUGAAGAAAGGCUGCGGCUGGAUCAUCUUUACGUCCUCUUUGUGACGUCUUUAGACGAUCUUCCCCCCUUUCUCCAGGAUGACCAGCUCCUAACGAAUGCCCACUCUGAUAGAGAAGAAAUGAACAGUCUAUCAAGGAUUUACACCAUCCAAGCUGCGAACUUGUACAUUUCUUUGCACUGCUUGAAGAUGGUCAUAACGCAGAAGUUCGAGGAGGCCAACUAUUUUCCCAUGGGUCACAAUGAGAUUUUGCUCCUGAGAAAAACGGAGAUUGCUCGGAAUAUGCUCAGAAUUAUGCGGGAGGCGCCCUUCUGGUCAUUACAAAUCAAUGGAGAACCGUGUGUUGAGAAGAUACGCCUCAUAGGUGCUAGCCUCUUAGAGAUCAUCGAUCAACAUGAGACAUCGCCUCUAUCAGCUCGCGCGCGAACUGACCUGUCCGUGCUACUUGAUAUCUUGACACGGCUGGACUCAAAAGCAUCAGAUACCUUGCGUCGGUCUAUGUAA